AUGCACAUAAUGAUGAAUGCAAUCACAUUAGCGCGCACGGCGGCGCGUUGUUUAGGUGCGGUGGAAUUGGCGGAGGUAAGCCGGUUGCCGUUCGGGUCAACGUGGUGGAUAAUAUACGCCGCAAUAUCAUUUAUGAUGGUACUUUUUGCGGGUAUAAUGUCGGGUCUUACUCUUGGGUUGAUGUCGCUUAGUCUUGUUGACCUUGAAAUUCUCCAACGUAGUAGUGAUCCUUCUGAGAAAAACCAAGCUGCUGCCAUUCUUCCUGUUGUUCAGAAGCAACAUCAGUUGCUCGUCACCUUGCUUCUAUGCAAUGCUUGUGCUAUGGAGGCCCUUCCUUUAUACUUGGAUAAGCUUGUCAAUCAAUUUUUGGCUAUAGUUCUUUCAGUAACUUUUGUUCUGUUCUUUGGAGAGGUUAUUCCUCAAGCUAUAUGCACCAGAUAUGGACUUGCUGUUGGUGCGAAUUUUGUCUGGCUUGUGCGUAUAUUGAUGAUAAUUUGCUACCCAAUUGCAUAUCCGAUUGGCAAGGUUCUGGACUAUUUGUUGGGACAUAACGAGGUUCUUUUUAGGCGUGCUCAAUUGAAAGCGCUUGUUAGCAUUCAUAGCAAGGAGGCUGGCAAAGGGGGUGAUCUUACCCACGACGAAACAACAAUUAUCAGUGGUGCUCUGGAUUUGACUGAGAAGACUGCCAAGGAAGCAAUGACACCAAUUGAGUCAACAUUUUCAUUAGAUGUUCAUUCGAAGCUAGACUGGGAAGCAAUGGGAAAAAUUCUAGCAAGGGGCCAUAGUCGUGUUCCUGUAUAUUCUGAAAAUCCAAAAAACAUUAUCGGUCUAUUAUUGGUAAAAAGUCUGCUUACUGUUCGGGCAGAAACAGAGACCCCUGUCAGUGCUGUUUCCAUCCGCAGAAUUCCAAGGGUACCUUGUGAUAUGCCUCUCUAUGACAUUUUAAAUGAGUUCCAAAAAGGAAGUAGUCAUAUGGCCGCAGUUGUAAAGACUAGAGCGAAAAGCAGGAGCCCAACUAGUAGAAACCAUGCAGAGAAACCAAGGGACUACAACAAUGCAACAAUUGAGGAUUCCGCAUUAACAACUCCCUUGCUUCUAAAGGAAGAAGAAAGCUCGGAAAAAACAGUUAUUGACAUCGAUAAGACUUGGAAGGCUAUCACUACGAAUGUGCAAGCUGCCACGAAUUUUCCAUCUGGUGUUGAAGAUGGCGAGGUCAUUGGCAUUAUCACCCUCGAGGAUGUGUUUGAAGAACUUUUACAGGAGGAAAUUGUUGAUGAGACAGAUGAAUAUGUUGAUGUGCAUAAUCAGAUUCGUGUGGCUGCAGCAGCGGCUGCAUCUUCGAUUGCACGAGCACGUUCAAUGAGAAGGCUGAACAAGGCACCGGGUGGGUCAAAUAAACAAGGACACAAUCGGCGGAAGUCUUCUAAUGUAGAAAAUUGUCUCUCACAAUUGCUUUACGAUUCAAGUAGGGAAAAUUUUGUCUCGUCGACACCACGCAAGUCUUGUACAGAGGUUUGUGUCUCAAUGAAAUUACAAGAAACCAAUACUGAACCUUUUCUUGAAACCAAGAAAUGA